AUGAAAACGGAAGUGGUGAUCACCCUAGCGGUGCUAUUAGGACUGGAAUCAGUAUGCGGUAACCUUCUACACGACCUCAGAGAUUGUCCAUCAUUCUUGCCACGGUCACAAUAUGUGAAACCCUACGGAAAUCUCUGUCUGUUCUUUGUCACGACUAAAUAUGCCUGGAACGACGCAAACUCCAAUUGUCGCCGUCAUGGAGGUCAUCUGGUACAGAUUGAAAACCAACAGAAACAGAACUUUGUCUACAACACACUGAAGUCCUUACAUUGGAAGGAGAUCCGGGUUUGGAUAGGUGCAAAUGACCGUGCUACUGAAGGCACGUGGAAGUGGACAGAUGGUACCAAACUGACUUACUCACACUGGCAUGCAGGAGAGGGGCCGUCCCACAGUGGCUUCCUGUUUCAAUCAGGGUACGAGGACUGCGCGAUAAUGAAGCUUGAUGAUGGCGGAAGAUGGCACGACUAUGACUGCGGGGGUGUUCUGUUUCUCGAAACAUCCGUCUGUGAAUACAAAAAAAUACGACGAACUACAACAACACUCCGAACAACGACGAAGUCAACGACACCGAAACCGACCACACAAACAACAACCAUACCGACCACACAAACAACAACCAUACCGACUACAACAAGAGAGACAUGUGUAUCAUUCCUUCCUGGGGCCUCGCUCGUACAAUUCUACAGACAUUCCUGUUUAAGGUUUGUCAAAAGAGAAAAAUCUUGGAACGAUGCUAACACGGAGUGCACUAAUCAAGGCGGACAGUUACUACAGAUACACAGUCAACAAGACCAGGACUUCGUCUACCAGAGUCUGAAGUCUCUACACUGGAGCGACGCGGGGGCGUGGAUAGGGGCCACUGACCGUGUUAGUGAGGGACACUGGUCGUGGACUGAUGGCUCGCCCGUACAGUAUGGUCAUUGGAACCGUGGAGAGGGGCCACAUCACAACACCACAAAUGAGAACUGUGCUAUGAUAAAUGUGGAUGACGGGAUGUGGUAUGACUACAAUUGUGAAUCUGUUAUCUACAACCAGGCCUAUAUAUGUCAGUACAGGCUUUGA